AGCGGCAGGAUGAUGAGGAGGAGAUGAGCGAGGAGGAGGAGGAGCCCCAGUGGCAGCCCUGCCAGGCGGUCUACCAUGGCGACGGGACAUGGCGCGAAGGUAUUGCAUGUGAGAAGACAGCUGAGACGUUCCUCGUCCGCUUCAUCGGGCAUGCCGACCAGGAACCCCAGGAGACAGAGGCCCAGGACGUGCAUCUGCUGCGACAGCAGGCAACUCGCUCCCCUGCCUCUGACGCAUUCCCUGGGAGCUCGAAAUACCCGCGAGUGUCAGUGGAGGACCUGUUUCGUUCCUUCACCGUCUCCUCUGAGCCUGCGAACACCUCCUCCCCUAAGCUUGCUCCCACCCCGCCUCUGACGUCAGUGAACACAGCAUCUCCCAAGCUCUCUCCUCCGACUCCUCCCCUCUCCUCAAGCAGUCUGACGCUGCUGGACAAAGAGUAUCCUCUCCAUGACGCGUGCGCGAGAGGCGAGAUGGACAAGAUCCGGCACUUCAUCGAAACGAAGAAGAUGGACGUCAAUGAACGCGGCCAUCCACCCCAGCGCUGGGUGUCCUCUGCACUGCUCGGCGUUUGCUGGGAGGGUGGAGAUCGCAAGAUACCUCAUCGAGAAUCGGGCGGACACGUCGUUGCAGGACGAGGACGGCUGGACUGCGCUGCACCUUGCCUCGACCAAGGUCAGCAGCUGUUCGUGUGCUCAGCGAGAGGUUGAGGGAGGCGCAGGGGCACACGGA